GGGGGCCUGUUCUCAGCAGAUCAGCCUGCCGUUUUAACCGGCGGUGUGUGAGCGCCGAGCGAGGAGCGACACUGCAGCGCUGCGCAUGUGAGCGGAGCGGAGCGGAUCAAAGUCCUGCUGCAGCCCUGACACCGCGGAGCGGAGCCGAGCCGAGCCGAGCCGAGCCGAGCGGCGGCACCGAGGCACCGGAGACCACCGACCGACACGAGCCCGACUUUCCUUCCCACAGGCGCGCACCUGAGGGCCGCACGGGACUACGCUCCGUGGACAGUGACAGCACAGAUCAACUUCAAUCAAAUUCACAACAACCGAAUCCUGCGGCGCUUCUGCAAGUGCCGUUCAGUCGCAACGGGCCGUGUGUCCCACAGCGUCAUUAAGAGGCGCUGAUCAUCUGCCGGAGCCUGAUUUGACGAGGAACGUGUCCACUGUGCGCACUUGAGACUCCGUGUCAGCACCUCUGACCUUUUUACAUUUAUUGUGGAAUUCGCUGAAAACUCUGGAACCGACUGCAUUUUUUAUUUCUAGUGAUACCAAGUGGACAAUCGCUUUAUUUAGAAGGCUUUUCCACCUCCUUCGAACAUGCGAGCCUCCCGUUCCAGACUCAGCUAUCUGCUUCUACGUUUGCUCGCGUUUUGCUACUUUGCUCAGGUAACCAAUCAGUCCCCGCCUAAUUUCACGCAGCAUGUAAGCGAGCAGAGCAAAGUGACGGAUCGCGUGAGCCGCAGGUUGGUCCGGAUCUACCAGCUGUACAGCAGAACCAGCGGCAAACACGUCCAAGUCCUGCCCAACAAGAAGAUCAACGCCAUGGCUGAGGACGGCGGCGUGCACGCCAAACUCAUUGUGGAAACCGAUACGUUUGGGAGUCGAGUGCGUAUCAAAGGAGCUGAGACGGGCUUCUACAUCUGCAUGAACAAGAGGGGAAAGCUCAUCGGAAAGAAAAACGGACACGGUCGCGACUGUAUCUUCACCGAGAUCGUCCUGGAGAACAACUACACGGCUCUAAGGAACGCCCGCUACGAGGGCUGGUACAUGGCCUUCACCCGCCGCGGGCGGCCGCGGAAGGGCUCGCGGACACGCCAGCACCAGCGCGAGGUCCAUUUCAUGAAGAGGCUGCCGAAGGGGCAGCAGCCCACCCACCCGAGCCACCACAGGCCGUUCGACUUCAUCCACUACCCCUUCAGCCACAGGACUAAACGCACAAGAUACUCGUCCAAGCGCUGAGGAGAAGGGAGUCAAUGACUUCUCACCAGAAGCCUCUGGACGUUUUUACUGAGCAGUAGAAGAUCUGCCAUAUCUAGUUAGAGUCUAUUUUUCUCAAAGUGAAACUAAAAAACUGUACAUAGAUAAGAAACCAUGAAAAUCUAUUUUUGUACUCUUUUGACAAAAAGACGUUAGCUUUCAGAUGCACAUUGCUUCUAGUAGAGUGGUUUGUUGUAGUGUUAGUUCUUUGAUGUGACUUUGACCAGUGGAGUCUCUCUCGGACUCUCGCCUGCUGCUCAAGGAGACCCGAAGUCCCUGAUGGAGCGCACUGCUAGGGACCGUCCCCUGCCUGGGUGGGCUCAGGACACGUCGCUGUGGUGUUUUGCAUUUUGCUAGGUGCUGCUUCCCAUCUGGCAUCAUUCUCUCCAGCAGAGUUUACUGUGGCAGCUACAUGUGAUGAUCCCAGGAGCUACUUUAAUGUUGAUGUGUUCAAAUGUGACAAAGCCCUGAACUUAUUGUUGUCCCUUGAUUGUCUGUUUUAUACAUAUAUAAAUAUAUUUUUAUUUGAAGAUGUGUAAAAUAAUUUUAAGAAUGAAAUAUUUAUUUAAAAUGUGUAGCAAAUGUAAAUUAGAAUACUGAUUAAACUUUUGUUUGGUA